UUUUCAUGGGUGGACCCUGUGGUGGGUGGAGGGAGCAAUGCUCCUGGACUACCGAUAAAUGUCACCAGUACAUUGUACUUUUGAGGGCUGAACGCAUCUACAAUAUUCAAGCACCUUGAGCCUUUCCCGCCACUAGCCGUUAAAUUCCAAGACCAGCUUAUUCAAAACCCUCCCCUACAUGAUUUUUCUUAAUUGUAUUUGUCAUUCUUUAAUCUCCAUCUUCUUCUUCUUCUUCUUCUUCUUCUUCUUCAAACAAUCAAAUGACACUUCAGUCAAUAACAAAGCAAAAGAGAACCUCUCCUUUCUCAUCUUCCCUCCACUCUCUUCUCAACCCCAACGCGUUCACCCAAUGCCCAUUUCACGCAAUUCCCUCACCAACCCCUCAACUAAACACUAACUCCAAACCCCAACAAACUUUUUAUCCAUUAUCCAAGCUUCGUGCCUUGCCCACCCAUCAGUCACCCUCUUCUUACUAUGGCUCUCUCCUCCAAUCCUGUAUCGCCCGGAAAGCGAUCAAGCCCGGAAAACAACUUCAUGCCCACCUAUACCACAUGGGUCUCGGGUUUGAUUUAUUUCUAGCUACUAAGCUUGUUAAUUUCUACAGCGUUUGUGACUCUUUACAUAAUGCACACCUCUUGUUUGAUAGAAUUCCUAAGAGUAAUUUAUUUCUUUGGAAUGUUUUGAUUCGGGGAUACGCAUGGAAUGGGCCGUAUGAGGCGGCAAUUUCUCUCUAUCACCAAAUGCUUGAACAUGGGCUUGCGCCCGAUAAUUUUACGUUUCCGUUUGUGCUCAAGGCCUGCUCAGCACUUUCUGCCAUUGAAGAGGGGAGGAAUAUUCAUGAACAUGCAAUACGGACUGGGUGGGAGACGGAUGUUUUUGUGGGUGCGGCUUUAAUUGACAUGUAUGCAAAGUGUGGUUGUGUGGGGAGUGCUCGCGAAGUGUUCGAUAAAAUUGAAGAAAGAGAUGCUGUGUUAUGGAACUCUAUGCUUGCUGCUUAUUCACAAAAUGGGCAUCCUGAUGAGUCACUCGCUCUAUGUAGUGAAAUGGCAUUAGCAGGUCUAAGACCCACAGAGGCAACCCUUGUGACAGUGAUAUCAGCUUCAGCUGACAUUGCGGCUCUUCCUCAAGGGAAGGAGCUUCACGGGUUUAGUUGGAGGCAUGGUUUUGAGUCCAAUGACAAGGUAAAGACUGCACUGGUAGAUAUGUAUGCCAAAUGUGGUUCUGUGAAGGUUGCUAGGAAUUUGUUUGAACGGCUUAAGGAGAAAAGAGUUGUCUCUUGGAAUGCCAUAAUUACUGGGUAUGCAAUGCAUGGUCAUGCUACUGAAGCAUUGGAUUUAUUUGAGGAGAUGAAGGAAAAAUUUCUCCCUGAUCACAUAACUUUUGUGGGUGUUCUAGCAGCUUGCAGCCAUGGGGGUUUGCUUGAUGAAGGCUGGAUGUUUUUUGAAUCAAUGGUGAGAGAUUACCGCAUAGUUCCUACAAUUCAGCACUAUACAUGCAUGGUUGAUCUCCUUGGCCACUGUGGUAGAUUAGAUGAGGCUUACAAUCUUAUAAUGCAAAUGAGAGCAAUGCCAGAUUCUGGAGUGUGGGGUGCUCUGCUGAAUUCAUGCAAAAUCCAUGGAAAUGUAGAGUUGGGUGAAGUAGCAUUAGAGAAACUGAUUGAGCUUGAUCCUGAUGAUUCUGGAAAUUAUGUGAUUUUAUCUAACAUCUAUGCUCAAGCAGGGAAAUGGGAAGGAGUUGCAAGGCUGAGAAAAUUAAUGAUAGAUAAGGGAAUAAAGAAAGGCACUGCUUAUAGCUGGAUUGAAGUGAAAAAUAAAGUUUAUGCAUUCCUUUCUGGAGAUACUUCUCAUCCUGAUUCUGAUGCAAUAUAUGCAGAACUGAAGAGGCUGGAAGGACGAAUGAAAGAAGCUGGCUAUGUCCCAGAUACCGGAUCAGUUUUCCAUGAUGUGGAGGAUGAUGAGAAGACUAAUAUGGUUUGCAGUCACAGUGAAAGGUUAGCAAUUGCAUUUGGACUCAUUUCUACUCCUCCUGGAACUCGGCUUUUGAUAACCAAGAAUCUCCGAGUAUGUGAAGACUGUCAUGUUGCAAUAAAGUUCAUCUCAAAGAUCACAGAGAGGGAAAUCACUGUCAGAGACGUUAAUCGCUACCAUCAUUUUGAAGAUGGGAUAUGCUCUUGUGGUGAUUACUGGUAAUGGAAUGAGAAAUUAGAAAAUUUU